UAUGUGGAUAGAAUCAUCCGGGUAUUAUCCAAUGAGGGUCGUUUUGUGGUUGCUUACGAGGUAGGCACGAUGAAUCAGGAUCAAGUACAGGUACUGCUGGAGACGCUAGACGGACCUAGUGGUGACCACAAAAUCAACAUAACCAUCAUGGGACAUACUACAUGUGUUGAACACGUAUUGUUUACAGCGGGUCAGUACGUCAGGAAUAACCAGAGACGGUCGUCACUAAGUAUACGCUCUCUUUGGCUGGUUUUCCUGCUGCAGGAUGAUAACAAUCUCUAUCGAAUACAGGAAUACGCUGCGAAUAUCGACAACGUGGCUGUCAUCCUUCUCCCAACCUUCUUCGUCGGCACCGAUAAAGACAACGGGACUACAGACAUACUUCAACUCGUUAGAAAAGCGCUGUUUAACAUCGGUUCAAAUUCCACAAUGACAACGAUGAAUAAAUCCGAUAUGAAUUAUUUGAUUCUUGAGCUUUUACAAUCG